GCCGCCGAGCCGCUACGUUACAUUCCAUUGAAAUCAAUAGGAUGAUCCACUUCCACUUCGAGAUGCACGUGAACACACAUGCCCCACCUACUGUGGUUUCCAGGGCAACAGUAUACAGACAACAACAUGUCUGGAAGAGAGAGAUCACGAGAGGGAGUCCGAUCCGCUGAAAACUCAGGGAAGAUCAAGAGAGGAGAAGAAACUGAUAAAGAUGAUACUGAGCUCAGGGAAGUGAAAAAACCUUUUCCUCAGUGGGAACUUCUAAAGCAAGACCAAAUAAAUAUUCUGCUCAGCCUGCCUGUGGACCAAGUGCAGCUACAGUUUGAGGAUAUUCUGAAUAUCGAAAACCACCAAACAUGUGUGAAAGAGGCUGCACUGUUGGAGUAUUUUGUCAAUGGAUUUUGGUGGGCCAAAGAGAUGAACUUUAAUUCUCAGCAAAUCUCAUUUAUCAUGGCCCUUUUACAGCAACUACUUGACAACAUAAAAAACGAACAUUCGUCAUUUGCUGAUAAUUUCAAGAGAUUUAUCCAAACAGUACUUGCCAGUAAAGCCAGUUUUUUAUUCACCACCACCGAUCAAAUCAAAGCCAUCACAAAUUACUUCAAGACCAGUCUUUUCCAGCACUACAGACUAUAUGAAUUACUGUUCAAUCAUAGAAGAGAUGAGCAACUCCUGAAAAUAGAGAAAUGCAUUGAGGUGAUCAACCCUGCUGAGUUUGCUGCCCCGCUGGAAGAAGGCAUGCCCACUGAUCUGUACUUCCAUUACAUGGCUCCCCCAUGUGUCCAAACGCCUGAGCAGACCAUUCAGGAAUCUCACGAGGAGAAUGUGGAAGAACCUGGAAAAGCUGAACUGGAAGAAAGUCCCGGGAAUCAAGUGGGCUUCAGUGUGGAAGAUGUUCGAGAGGCGCUGGGGGAAAUGACCCAGGAGAUGUUAGCAAAACUACAGGCCGACUUCACAGAGAGACUGCGAGUUCAUGAGGAGACCUACAUCUCGAGGUUAGAACGACUUCAGAAAGCCUCUUCCAAACAGCACUGAUGAGAUGCCAAGAGGAUUUCCCACCAGUAUUUACUAAUUCAAUCAGAACAAGUCUGAAAAUAACACUGAAUAUGGCACUGGUGGUUUACACAGCCAAAUACUCUUAAUUUACUCUACAUUUUAUUCACUUCGGUUCUACUUAUGUCAAGCAAAACUGCUUUAUCAGUCUGUUCGAUGCUGAUAAUAGAUGAAAUAAAUGAAUUUCUGGCAUGCUUGAUUUAUUCAGCAGGAUAAAAUGAUGCAGAUGAAAUUCGGGAUCAUAUUCUUGGACGUCAAAGAGGGAACUGAAUAUCUAAUUAACUUGUUUGGAUAAGGUUUUUGUGGCAUCUUUCCCACAAGUCAUUAGCUGUCUGAAAGUAGCCCAGCGCUAUGGCAACACUGUGUUACUCAGCCUAAAUAGCUGAGUUGCCAUAUAAAGAGAUGUAUUAUUAAAGCUGAAUAGUGACUUUUUCCUCUGCAUUUGAGAAAGCCCACAUAAAACUAUAAAUAUCCCCCGCAGUACAUAUGAGAGAAUGCUGAUCAUCUCAGCUCUUAUUUUCCAUUUUCGCAGCACAAUUAUUUCACACCACAACGCACAUUCUGCAUACGGAAGAUUAUUGUUGUUAUUAUAAAGAUGAAUUAUUAAUUCAUCUCAUGUCAGUCCUAUUAUUUAAGGACUCAAACUCGCAGUUCAGAUUUAAUAGUUAACCAGCUUAGGAUUGAUGUUUAAAACCGGUCCAUUUAAUCAGUGCAAUAUCAAAUUACAGCAAUAUUCCUCCAUGCCUUUUUUUUUUUACAGCCUGUUGAUUUAGCUCUUCAUUAGCCUCUCCAUCCCUGUGUUGACAGAGAAGUUAGAACAUGUUCAAACAUUCUUUUUGUUCUCGGACAAAUUGAUAGAGUGAUUCCUGAGCCAAGAGCUGGAUGACCUUUCAGCUCAUACACAACAACAGUCCCGCUACAUGGCCAAUAGAGUUUAUUAAAGAAUGACUUCUUACUGGAGUGCUGUGGAUCGGUUUUAAAGAGCCCACGGUGGCUCCAAUCAAAUGCUCUUUAGAAUGAGAUUUUCCUGCUAAGAUGAUUAGAAAUUGUGUGUGUGAAGUAGUAGAUCAAGGUUAUGAUGUAAACUAAACAUGAUAAUGUUAAAACAAAAAUCAAUCAUUCCUUGAUUAUAUACUAUAUUAUUAACAAGAACAGAUUCACAUAGAGGCUUGUUUCUGCCAUAGGAUAAUAAAACAAAAAAGAAAUGUCAUUUUGACUUUUUAUCUCACACUUUUUCGCAAUUACAUGAAGUCAGAAUUGCGAUAUGUAAACUCAGAAACUCAAAAAAGCUGGAACUGUGAGAUAUAUUUCAUUUUAUGCCUGUGCCAGGAACUUGUUUCUGUCGUUUAAAGAG